AUGGACGCGGACGUGGAAAAUACUCAGAUGGAGAACGGCGACCCUAGCUCGACCAAUCAAAGACCUGGUCAACAACAUAAAAGGCGACGGACUAAUUCUCUCACAGUACAAAGUGUAAAGCGUCAGGAACUUGGUGAAAAACAAAAUGAAGAACCAGUAACAAAUAACUCAUUCUCAGCUUUGCAGCCGCCGCCUUGGCAAGAUACAAUUGAGAAGGCGGUGACAGCAAUCGUGUCCAUUCGUUUCAGUCAAGUUGCCGCCUUUGACACAGAAGGUCCCGAAACUUCGGAAGCUUCUGGGUUUAUUGUUGAUGCUAAACGUGGCAUUAUUUUGACUAACAGACAUGUAGCUUGCGCAGGGCCAUUUGUUGGUGAAGCAGUAUGUCAUGAUCAUGAGGAAGUAUCUGUUUAUCCAGUAUAUCGCGACCCAGUGCAUGAUUUUGGCUUUUUAAAGUUUGAUCCAAAAGAAGUAAAAUAUAUGCCAAUUAUUGACAUUCCUCUUGCACCACAUCUGGCAAAAGUUGGGCUUGAUAUACGGGUUGUGGGUAAUGAUGCUGGCGAGAAACUAUCGAUUUUGGCCGGUUCGAUCUCACGAUUGGACAGGAAUGCACCAGAGUACGGCGAUCUGACGUAUAACGACUUCAAACAAGCCGCGUCGAGCACUAGUGGCGGUAGUUCCGGAAGUCCUGUAAUUGAUAUCCAUGGAAAUGCUGUCGGAUUACAAGCUGGCGGACACACCAAAGCCGCGACAGAUUUCUUUCUACCAUUAGAUCGAAUAGCUCGUGCGCUUCUCUAUAUACAAAGAGGUGAAACGGUCCCAAGGGGCACUAUCCAAGUUCAAUUUCUGUAA